CUGGCAGCGCUAUGUGUACAUUUCUUAACGAUUUUCUUCCCAUUUCUCGUGUAAAACGAAACAAAAAUUUACGUGAUUAUUAAUAAAAUAAUUUUAAAAAAAUAAUUGAAAAAUAUACACAAAAAGCAAAUCGAAAAUACCGAAACCGAAAGCUCUAUACAAAUGUCAUCUUUAUAAAAAAAUAGAUGCAAAAUUUUAACAUCUGAACGAAAGAAGUUUACUGACUUUUCUUUUAUGUGCAAAAAAAUUAAAAAAUAAGAAAUAUAUAUAGUUAUGGUUUUAGUCAGCAACGAAUGGCAAAAUAGUAGCGAAGAUGAACAUAAAUCUACAGGCGAUAACAGUGCAGCCCCUUUACUACCAAACGCAACUACAACUACAAUUGCAACAGCUACCCCAUCGACAACGCUAUCAACGGCGACAACGUGUACGUUACCAACAACUGCCGCUAUUGCUUUGUCAACAACAACGGCGGAGACUACAGCUUCUACAACGACAACAGCUGCCACAACAACAUCAAAAACGGAAACCAUAGCAGUGACAAACGUUAUAAAACCUACAACUCCAGGCGAUGUAACGAAAGGGAUUACUGCACCCACAACGGUGUCAGCACUCCCUGAACUCGAAAAAGUAACAAGAAUUGUUAAUGAAAAUAUAAGCGAUGAAAAAGAAGGACAAAAAUUGUCAGACGAACAGAUCAAAAGCGAAAUUAUAAAAACUGAAAAUCAAAUUAAUGAUAAAACCAAGCAGGUCCCCAGGACAUCAAUCGGUACCUCAACCAAGGACGACAACAAUCUCGACAAGUAUGUGCUUGAUUACAAUACCUUAAAAAUCAUGUCGGAAAAUAUAAAGGAGUCAGCAUUCUUCAACGAGGAAAUGCCUGAGACUCGGACUUAUAGUGAGAGUGAUGCAGGAAGCACGCUAGAAGAAAUCGCAACCAGGAACAUACCAACUGCUCGUAACAGUUUGGGUGUACUUGAAGGUAUCGAGGGGACUUCGUUUUCAAAUACAAAUACUUUACUAGCUUCAAGUUCAGGAAAGUUAAGCAUGCCCGCCACAGGAACACAAUCCACCGAUCCAUUUAGCGGCGGUCCUACCAUAACGCCAGAGGUAUUAAAUAGUGCUUUACAAUCAGUUAUGAAUGCAGCUAAUACUGGUAACUUAGCGGCAGCAGCUGGGCUGCAGUCAAGUCUUCUAAAUCAAUUGGGCAUAGGGGCAGCAUUAAGUGUGAACGUAGCAGCGGGUCUCCACAAAACUGCCAAACAAUUAAAUGCAUCAUUUGGUUUAUUAGAAAGUCAGGCGAAAAAUGACACUAAUGUAACCGAUGUUAACAUAAUGUCUCCAGGAGCACCGAUGUCACCAGAUACAAAUGGACAAGCCAGAAUUGUACUUAUUUGUGAAGCUAAUUCUCAUCCAUUUCAGACGCGUACCAUCAGCCUGACAUCAAAUGUGGAGUGCAUGGUUGGACGUUUAAUAGCUAAGAGCAAGGCAGCCGAAAAUAACGCCAUAUUUGAUUGUAAAGUCUUGUCACGUAAACAUGCGGUCAUUUGGUAUACACCGGAUGGCAAAUUCUGGGUCAAGGAUACUAAAUCUUCUAACGGUACCUUCAUAAAUGAUAACAAAUUAGGCGAAUCCGAAGCUGAGUUGCACUUUGGGGAUGUCGUCAAAUUUGGCGUCGACGUACUGGAGAAUUCUCGUAAGGAAGUUCACGGUUGCAUUAUAGCCUGCGUCAAACUUUACUUACCGGAUGGACGAGAAGCCAUAUCAAUUGAUGGAUCGGCGCAUCGAAAUCAACACACGGGAGAAGGGCGCAUUAGUUUUGAUGAAUUGCAUCGUUUAAAUUUGUACGUCCAGGAGACAUCACAACGAGAAAAAUUGCUAACUUCGAAACUAUGCAGCAUACAAAACGUGCUAGAUGCUACACGGAAGAAUUCAGCUUUAUGUUGGCAGGCUAUGAUAACAGAAGAUCAACUCUUGCAUCGUAUUCAUUCAUUGGAGAAGAAGCUGCAAAUUAUGGAGAAGAAUAUACCCGAAAAUGUUUUAAGAAACGAGAUUCUUAAACUUUUGGAAGAUAAGAAUUCAUAUCAGCACUCUGCCAAAGAAGCCUUACGUAAAGUUUACCAAGAACGUUGCGAUGCAAUGCAAAUGUUUGCUAAAAUGGAAACUGCUUACACGCAAUCGAAUAAUGAAUGCUCAUUGUUACGCGACCAAAUCAUGAAUUCGAAACAAAUAUUGCAAGAUGUAAAUAGUCGUUUAACGCACCUAGAGAGAGAGUACAGUGACUACCGAGAAGCUACGAUGCGACAACAGCAAGAGGCUAAAGAACGUGAAGAACAGCGCAUAGUUGAACUUAGCGAAAAGUUACGUGAACGUGAACUGGAAUGUGGAGAAUUAAAACGUAAAAUAUCCGAACUUUUAAUGAAACGUGCCGAAUUGAUUGAAACUGAGGAAAAAUUGCUUGAAAAGCAGGCUAUUGACAAACUAGAUGCUGCCAUUGCUAAUAUGGGUGAAGACGACGACGUCGACAAUGAUGAAGACGAUGACAUUGGAAUAAAUGAUGAAAGAGAUAGCAGUCCUGAGUAUGAUGGUAAAGGUGAUGUACCUAAAAAGAACGAAAAUAAUGUUGGACUGACAAAAUCUGCAUUUACAUCCGAUGACGAUAUGAAUGGUGUAGAUGAAGCAAGUUUGAGUAAAUUUCAAAAGAUUUCAAGAAUGAAACAUACCAGAUUCUCAGCUUCUGCAUGCAAAAAGCCACCACCGAAACGUGUUAAAGAACCAACAAUAAUGAAAUGGUUACAGAAUUCUGAUAUUAAUAAAAAGGAAGGCUCUUUAAAUAUUUUUAAAGCGAUAUGCAAUGAGAACAAUACAACGAGUGAUGACUCAAGUGAUGAAGACCAAGCUGAAACGACCAAGAAAUAUAAAAGUUCUAACAUAGGCGAAAUUGGUCCCGUUACUGACGAAGCGAAAGUAAUUAACGUAAAAUGUACCAAUUUUGCUAAGAAAUUGAAAAUCGUACAAAAAAAUUUAAAACGCUUAGAGGCCGAAAUAGAAAACGAAACAAAUCGUGUCAAGCUGUUAGAAACUGGUGCUAUUAGCUGCAGUGCUGAUGAAUCGCAGGAUACUCGUGGAGGUGAUAGUGAAGAUUAUUCUGAUGAGGAGGGUGCAGCCAAUAAUGAGUUCAUUAUAAAACGCAACGGCAAAACCAUUAAGGUGCUUUCCAAGAAAAAUAAUAGCUAUAAUUUAUUAAAAUCUAGUGUAAACAUGUUGCGAGAAGCCUACAAUGAAAUAUGGGACAGUGUCAAAGAACAGCAAGAAGAAAGAGUAACGGAAAGACAGUGCAAAGAUAAACUAAUUUCAACGCCCGCAUUUAAGGUAAAACAAUGUGAUAAUGUUAAGGUAGAUUCAGAUCGUAGCAGCCCUGUGGAUUACGAAAAUGUGUCUGAAAUAGGAGACGACUUAAGUUCUUGCGGUGCUUUAACCACAAACAGUUUUAUUUCCACGCCAGGUACAACAAAAACCAACGAUAACGAAAAGUCGAACGGUAAAAAUAAACAUUUAUUGGAAGAAGAAUUACGGGAAUACAAAGAACAGGUAGAAUGUUUAAAUGAUAAAUUGCAGAACGCUGAAUCCGAAGCGCAACAUACUUUGGAAAUGAUGCAAGUCGAGUGUGACGAUCUAAAAAAAAAAAUGGCUGACCUUAAUAAUUGUGUGGUUUCUCUGAAAGAAGAUAAAAGAGCUUUAGAAGAAGUCAUUAAUGGAAAUAACAUUAAUAAAAACAAAACUGCCACCCAGGAAAUGGAAGAGAAGGUGUCGUCGAAGUCUGCGAUGACAUUGCCUGCAAUUACUAAAGAAUUAUCACCUCUUAGGGAGUCUAAUAGCCGUGAUGUAUACUAUGAAUUAAAUGAGUGCAAUUCCGAUCUUCACGCUCAAGAUAUUAAGAACGAUAUUGAAUGCUUUAAUGAGGACGCCUUGGAACGUGAAGAAGAGCUUAUAGCAUAUAAAGAACGUUUGGAAAAACAGGAAGAGCAAAAUGUACAAUUGCAGCGUGAACUUGUAGCUCUGAAAAGCAAAGCUAGCCACCCCAAAAACAAUUUAAUAUAUAUAUUACCUUAUGGAGCUGUUGUUGUUGCACUUUUGGUAUAUUUUCUACAUAUAUAUUUUUGA